AUGUCAGGGUUUCUCUCUGAGAACCGUCCAGUUCAAACACUGAGGGCUAUUCUGUCGAGGCUUGAGCAGGCUUACUGUGGGACUAUAGGGUAUGAGUACAUGCACAUUGCUGAUAGAGAUAAAUGUAACUGGUUGAGAGACAAGAUCGAGACUCCGACACCUCGGCAGUACAAUAGCGAGCGUCGUGUGGUGAUUUACGAUAGGCUUACAUGGAGCACACAGUUUGAGAAUUUCUUGGCUUCUAAGUGGACAACGGCGAAAAGGUUUGGACUUGAAGGUGCUGAGUCUUUGAUCCCUGGCAUGAAGGAGAUGUUUGAUAGGUCUGCGGAUCUUGGAGUAGAAAACAUUGUUAUCGGUAUGCCUCACAGGGGUCGGCUUAAUGUUUUGGGUAAUGUUGUUAGAAAACCUCUACGCCAAAUCUUCAGUGAGUUUAGCGGUGGUACUAGGCCAGUAGAUGAAGUUGGGCUUUACACAGGGACUGGUGAUGUGAAGUACCACUUGGGGACGUCUUAUGAUCGACCGACCAGAGGAGGCAAACAUCUUCACUUGUCUUUGUUGGCAAACCCUAGUCACUUGGAGGCAGUGGAUCCUGUUGUGAUGGGUAAAACCAGAGCGAAACAGUAUUACACGAAAGACGAGAACAGAACAAAGAACAUGGGUAUUUUGAUCCAUGGAGAUGGUAGCUUUGCUGGACAAGGUGUGGUUUGUAAAAACAUCAUGCUCUCCUUUCCAAGCUUCUUCUCCACGCGCCAUCCAUCUAUUCCAACAAAGUUUACUUCUUCUUGA